AUGGUCAACCCAAUCCUUCUCCUAAGAGUAACUCAGGUUGUCCUCGCCUUUAUCGUUCUUGGAGUCGCCGCAUAUGUCGUGGACUUUUACAAUGGCGGCAUAGAUGCUCCGAAUUUCCUGGUCUUUGAUGUGAGUUCUUUCCCCUCUGUCACUUCCCGAGCAUGCGCAGAUUUCUCAUGCUCAAGAUGCUAAACAAAACAUUCCAGUCAGUCUGGACCUUUAUUGCACUCGGUUACGUCGUUGUGACGCCAAUGUUCUUUCCCGACUUCCACAAUCGCUGGGCCGUUCUCGGCGUCGAGGCUAUAACAAUGGUAUUUUGGUUCGCGGGUUUCGUUGCGUUGGCCGUGGAAAUCAACGGCUGGAAGUGCAUUGCCGGUUUCGAAUGUCCGAUUUCGGCGGCAAGGGCGGCAGCUGUGUUUGGGGCUUUUGAAUGGUAAAUUGCUUCCGCCACACAACAGUGGCAAUUGAGAUAGGAGGACUGAUGAAAAUAAUGGAGUAAAUAGGCUUGCUUGGGCAACUUCACUAGGCCUAAUCGUCCGCGCGCUCAUCCAGUACGGAAAGGCGGAACCGGACGUUGAUGCAGGUACCUUCCCCAGUGAUGACACAACCCCUGGCCCUGGACCUUCGGAUGUUGAGAGAGGUGAACAGUUUGAUCUUGGUCUUGGUGAGGGUGGCGGUGCGCGGAAGUAUGAGGGAGUAACACCACCACCGAGGUUGCCAGAUUUAGCGGAGUUGGGUGGCGGUAUCUCUGGGAGCAGGGGCGACGAAGGCUUUUAUGAAGGUCCUAGGUUGGACAUGCCGGAGGUGGACAGGUUUGGUGGACGCAGAUGAUGUGGUAUGACUACUGGUAUGUUUUCUUGCUAUCUCCUGGGUCAGGUUCUGGGGAGUAGCGAUUCCAGUUUUCCUUUUAUCGUUGUUUUCUUUGGCUGGCUUGGGUGAUUUGAAAAGUACCGGUACUGUACAUUAUGAUAUCCUUGGCUCUUUCUUCUUUCUUUCCCCUCUCUUCCUUCAGGGGCGCAGUAUGAGGGCUACCGUUGUGUCGUAACUGUGGGGUUCAGACAGUUGGGGUUUCCUUUGUUGGGCAUUAGCAGAUUUUCUUUUACUUUUUUUUAUUUUUUUUUUAUUCCACUGCCGGAUUGAUAUCAGGGAUUUAUGUGCUUCUUUUGUUG